CUCUCUCACUUGCCCCAGGCAGGAUCGUGGCUAAGUGAAAGGGGCUGCUGGCCACCCCCCUGCCCCCCGAGCUGCCAUGAGUGAACUGGAACAGUUGAGACAGGAAACUGAGCAGCUGCGGAACCAGAUCCGGGACGCGAGGAAAGCAUGUGGCGAUUCUACGCUGACCCAGAUCACUGCUGGCCUCGAUCCGGUGGGCCGGAUCCAGAUGCGGACGAGGCGUACGCUACGCGGUCACUUGGCCAAAAUCUACGCCAUGCACUGGGGGACAGACUCCAGACUCCUGGUUAGUGCCUCUCAAGAUGGCAAACUGAUCAUCUGGGACAGCUACACCACAAACAAGGUCCACGCCAUUCCGCUGAGGUCGUCGUGGGUGAUGACCUGUGCCUACGCUCCAUCGGGGAACUACGUGGCUUGUGGUGGGCUUGACAACAUCUGCUCCAUCUACAGCCUCAAAACCCGCGAGGGGAACGUCCGGGUCAGUCGGGAGCUGCCAGGACACACGGGGUACCUCUCCUGCUGUCGGUUCCUGACCGAUAAUCAGAUAAUCACCAGUUCAGGAGACACAACCUGCGCCCUGUGGGACAUUGAGACCGGCCAGCAGACCACCACCUUCACAGGCCAUAGCGGAGAUGUCAUGUCCCUUUCCCUUUCCCCCGACAUGCGCACCUUUGUCUCGGGCGCUUGUGAUGCUUCAAUCAAACUGUGGGACAUCCGAGACAGCAUGUGCCGGCAGACGUUUACAGGACACGAAUCCGACAUCAACGCCGUCUGUUUCUUCCCCAAUGGGAACGCGUUCACCACGGGUUCGGACGACGCCACCUGCCGCCUCUUCGACCUGCGUGCUGAUCAGGAGCUCAUGCUUUACUCGCACGACAACAUAAUCUGUGGCAUCACCUCGGUGGCCUUCUCCCGCAGCGGCCGCCUCCUCCUGGCUGGCUACGAUGACUUCAACUGCAACAUUUGGGACUCCAUGAAGGGCGACCGGGCAGGGGUCCUCGCCGGCCACGACAAUCGGGUCAGCUGCCUUGGCGUGACGGACGACGGCAUGGCCGUGGCUACGGGCUCCUGGGACAGCUUCUUGAAAGUCUGGGACUGAACCCUGCCUUGGGGGUGGUGGGGGAGAAGGGCAGGCAGCCCGCUGUGGCCCCUCAUCCAGUCUCUGCCCCCUCUGCUGGGGGGGGCUGUGGCCUUGAGC